AUGUCAGUCGUAGCGAUAAAGAACGUCGUUUCCUCAUUGCUAGGAGGCAGAAAUGGUAGUAACUCUGAUAUAAGUACACGCUCAAAUAAAAGAAACAACUCUUCUUCACCUCUGCUACGUGCUACGAACGACAACAAUACAAACACAACAGAUUACGGUUCUGGUACGAAUAAUGACGUGGAAUCUGCAUCAAAUUAUCAUAAUCAUAAUCAUAAUGAAAAUGAAAGCUUCUUUGGAAACGUCGACCCUCGUGUUCUCAGUGAUUUGAUCAUAGGUCUCAGUGACGGCUUAACUGUUCCAUUCGCAUUGACUGCUGGUCUAUCGUCUCUAGGUGAUUCUAAAUUGGUCAUCACUGGUGGCUUCGCUGAAUUGAUAUCAGGUGCCAUAUCGAUGGGAUUGGGUGGUUAUCUAGGGGCCAAAUCUGAAUUAGAUUAUUAUAAAGCUGAAGUGAAAACUGAAAAGAAAAAGUUUUAUGAGGAUUCAACCCUUGUGAAUCAUGAAGUUGAAGAUAUUUUAUUAGAUAUUAAUCCAAAUUUUAGUGAUGCUACCAUAGUAUCAUUCAUCAGAGAUUUACAAAAUUAUCCAGAUGUUAUGCUAGAUUUCAUUAUUAGAUACGGCAGACAACUUGAUGAACCUGCUGAAAAUAGGCAGUUGACAAGUGCCAUAACAAUUGGUGGUGGUUAUCUCAUGGGUGGAUUUGUUCCAUUAAUACCUUACUUCUUCGUAGAUGAAGUAGGAACGGGUCUCAUUUUCUCAAUCAUCGUAAUGGCAAUAACUUUAUUCCUCUUCGGUUAUUUUAAAGCCCAAAUAUCAAUGGGUGAUAGCGUUAAUACUCAUCAAAAGAUUUUAGAAGGUUUCCAAAUGGUAGCUGUAGGUGGUGUAGCUGCAGGAGCAGCAUGGUUUUUCGUAAAAUUACUAGGUUGA